AUGGGAUUACUCUCACCUUCCGAGCAGCGUGAGAGCAGACCGAGGACAGAGGCUGGGACUGCAGAAGAAGGCACCGGGCUCCAACGUUCACGGCAAAAUGAUCCUACGGUCGAGGACUUUGGAACGCCAGAGGAUGUGUUCAUGGCAGUCAUUGAUUCGUACUUUACUUACUUCCAGAAUCAGCCGUACUCGUUCUUUCAUGAGGAGACCUUCCGGCAGCGUUUGUCGGAACAAGCUAUCCCCAGACAUCUAGUCCUAGCUGUCAUGGCGACGGCAGUUCGGUUCUGUUCGCAUCCGUACUUCUCGGAGCGUGCGGUGGAGAUGUCUGUCGAAUAUGCAAACAGAUCUUGGAAGCUCAUCGUGUCGGAUUGUUUUACCGUUGGCAACGUGGCAGAGAUAUCGACAGUUCAGACGGUCGCCUUGCUAGGUUUGUUCGACUUCACUGCUGGUCGAUCACGCCAUAGUUCGGCGUGGGUCAAAGUUGGCCUGGCCGUGAGGAUCGCACAGGAUUGCGGACUCAUGCUAGAUAACGCGGCGCAUCUCUCGUAUGUCGAACAGGAAGAGAGGCGACGGGUGUUUUGGUCAGUUUAUCUGCUGGAUCGCUUGGUCUCCUGCGGCCGCGGCAGACCACCGGCCAUCGUUGACGCGUCGUGCCACGUACAACUGCCGUGUGCCGAGUCAAUAUGGAGGGAAGGCCUAUGGGCCAAAACACAGUCACUGGACGAGAUGACAAACCGGACACUUUCAGUAUCUCAACGACAAUGCCCUUUGGCUCAAGUCAUUGCUAUUUCGCACGUCCUGGGCCGAUGUGCGCAAUAUGUGCUUCAAGACUUCAACAUCAGAGGGCCACAUCCACCCUGGGAUCCUGGCUCGGACUUCGCCGGCAUCGAAUCCGAUCUUCUUCAUUUCGAAGCCUAUUUGGAGAUACAGAGACCGGUCAAUGAGAUGUUUGCGGCCCAUAUCUCGGCCGAGGGAGUAGUAGACAGCCAGUGUACAGGGCCAAUCAUCUUCUCUCGAGCACUGUUCCAUCUCUGCUAUUGUCUGCUCAACCAUCCAUUCUUGUUACGGCGCCGCCUCAGCACAUGCCGUAACCUUGCGCCCAUCAGUUUCAUCAAACGAUCAUCUGACCUAGCCUGGCUCCAUGCCCAGCAGAUGAUGGCUCUUAUCCGCGAGGCGCGAAGGCUGGGCUGCUCGUUCCACUCUUCGUCCAGCGGCUAUGCCGUCACAGUCGCAGGCUCCAUCAUUGCGUUACGGAUUCAUGACGAGGACUCGCUAGCUCGUGAGCAGGCUCAGAUACUACUCGAAGAAGCCCUGCUGUAUCUGGAUAUUAUUGGCCAACACUGGAGUAAUGUUAGAACAAUGGCCGCAACACUUCGCCGAAUAGCCUACGACGGGGUUCUAGGACGUCACUUGAACAGCCUCACGCAGACUUUGAGCUUCACGCCUGCCGAGGAAGCAGCUAUAUGGGCAGUGGUCGACUACAAUACCAUGUCAAACCAAUUCGGCGAGGAUGUGAUAAUGAGUGGGCAGGAAUCAGGUGACCAAAUGCCGACUUCGUGGAUCGAUCUUUUUGGUCCCAUCGACUUUGCUCUGCUGUCAAAUGAAAACGGAGCGACUCAAGAGUGA